CGCACGACGGGCUACACUUCUAAAGUUCAAAUGCCUUCACCUUCUUGUUAGCCCCGGAGAAGUACAUACUUACAACUUGGUCACUCGCUUUCUCGGGUACAGCGAAAGCUGCGCAAUAAGGAUCUGAGACCCAUCAACCCACGCCCGUUUGUGGCUGCCCCUUACCAAUCCACGCCCCUCAGUCAUUUUGACGCUCCAAUCCGUUCGGAGCACACUCACGGUCGAAAAGGGCAAGGUACAGGAAGGCAAAGGAACAUAAAUCAUGAGAACCUUUGCGAAGCUGGCUCUUGGAGCCUACCUUCUCACGUAUCCCUUCGUCUCCGCGCUCGGUCCUUCAGAUAUUUCUGCCGACACUCCUAUAUCUCAACUUCUUCAAAGUGCUAAGGCUCAACUGGCCACGGGUAACGCUCAAGAUGCCCUCACAUAUUACGAUGUGGCGAUUUCACGCGACCCCAAGAACUAUCUGGCCCUCUUCAACCGUGGCGCUGCCUAUCUAUCGCUAGGCAAGAACCAACAGGCACGCCGCGAUUUCGACAAGGUUCUGCAGCUCAGGCCUGACUUUGAAGGUGCGCUGAUUCAGCGCGCCAAGUUAAAAGCGAGACAUGGUGAAUGGGAGGAAGCUGAGGCGGAUUAUCGCGCAGCAGGCAAGGGCAAGGAUUCUCCAGAGGUCGCACAGCUUCAUGAGGCACAAGGUGCGGCGAUACUCGCACGUAAAUCAGCGGAUAAAGGUCAUUGGGAGGACUGUGUACAGCAAUCCGGCGUGGCGAUCAUGGUCGCAGCUGGUGACGCCUCUCUUCGCAAGCUACGUGCUCGGUGUCGAUUUGAGCGGGGUGAGGUCGCCGAAGGCAUCAGCGACUUGCAGCAUGUGCUUGCAUUAAACACUGGCGACACCGAGCCACACCUGAAGAUCUCAGCGCUUCAGUUCUAUGCACUGGGGGAGACAGACACCGGGCUCGCUCAGCUGCGCAAGUGUUUACAAUCAGACCCAGAAGAGAAGGAGUGCAAGAAGUUAAUGAGACGGGAAAAGGCUUUGGAUAAGAGCAUCAAGAAGCUAAAGUCCCUUCUAGAGAAAAAGCAGAAUGUGGCAGCGACAAAGCUGCUUACCGGGACGGGCGAUGAGCCUGGAUUGCUACAGGAGGUGAAACAGGACGUUGAGGCUCAUAGAGCGGACGGGCUCAUACACAUCGCCUCUGCGAAUGGACUGUACAUGUGGCUUCUGGAUACGACAUGUGAAGCAUAUCUUGAUAUGAAGAGCAAGAAAGGUGACGCAUACUGCCAGGAAGCUCUGCAGCACAACCCCAAAUCUCUUCCUGGUCUCCUUUUCAAAUAUCGUCGGCAUAUGGACGCUGAAGAGUUUGACGCUGCGAUUGGCGCUCUCAACGAAGCAAAGGAAACGCACGGCAACUCGGAGAAGAUUCAGAACCUGCUCAACGAGGCCCAGGUCUUACUCAAGCGUUCCAAGCAGAAGGACUAUUACAAGGUGCUUGGUGUGCCGCGGGACGCGGACGAGCGAGAGAUCAAGAAGGCGAUGCGCAGAGAGGCCAAGAAAUACCACCCGGACAAGGCGGCGAGCCAGGGCAUCUCCAAGGAGGAGGCGGAGAAGAGGAUGGCCGCGGUGAACGAGGCGUACGAAGUGCUCAGCGAUCCGGAACUUCGAGCCCGCUUUGACCGGGGCGACGACCCAAAUGAUCCGAUGCAGCAGCAGGGCAAUCCGUUCCAGGGCAGCCCCUUUGGUCCUGGCGGUCAUCAGUUCGUCUUUAGGCAGGGCGGUGGCGGACGCAGUGGUGGUGGCGGCUUCCAGUUUCAAGGCUUCCCCGGCGGUGGGUUCCCAGGUGGUGGGUUCCCUGGCGGCUUCCCCUUUGGUGCAUAGACGUGCUUUGGACAGUGGGCUUUGGGAUGCUCGCAAUGUUUUGUGCAUAGCGUAUGGCGUUUGCGUUUGGGGGCAUGUAUAUUCUAUUGGGUCAAGGGGUUGGACUUUGUACAAAUGUGCCCUGGACAAGACUUUGACUAGGACGGAGAGCGUAUGGCUAGCUUUUUCUGAAACACUAUACAAUGACAGCCCAGAUGGAGCUUCCGAGAAA